UCUGUCCCCAAUCCAUCUUUCUAUCCCAACGAUGAGCUAUCACAUGUGACCGUCGAAGCUCCCUCCGCCCCGUUGCUCGUCCGCCGCCCCUCCAAGGAUCGGGAGGAGCUCCGGCGCCAGCCGUGCACGGUGAUCCUCCUGUGUAUGGUAGGGCUGUUGGGCGUCGGAUUGUUUCUUGUGGUCAGAUCAUCGACACGUGGCUAUGAUGAAAGCCCGAAGCCGGCCCCCGCGGCGCCGGGCGGGCGAGGGGUGAGGGAAGGUGUGUCGGCCAAGAGUGGACCAAAGUUGGGCCCCGCGUAUCCAUGGACUUCUAAGUUGUUGGCAUGGCAAAGAACUGCCUACCAUUUUCAGCCUAAGAAGAAUUGGAUGAAUGAUCCAAAUGGUCCAUUGUUCUACAAGGGAUGGUACCAUUUCUUCUACCAAUACAAUCCAUACGGCGCCGUAUGGGGUAACAUUGUUUGGGGCCACGCAGUUUCAUCCGAUCUCAUAAACUGGCGCCACCUCCCCAUCGCCAUGGUCCCGGAUCAAUGGUACGAUAUCAAUGGCGUUUGGACCGGGUCCGCCACCUUCCUCGAUAAUGACAAAUUGAUCAUGCUCUACACGGGGGCGACCAAUGAGUCGGUCCAGGUCCAAUGUCUCGCGUACCCCGCAGACUCGUCCGACCCCUUCCUCAUCGACUGGGUCAAGUACUCAGGCAACCCGGUCCUGGUCCCGCCACCUGGCAUUGACAUUAAGGACUUCCGGGACCCCACCACCGCCUGGAAGACCGCAGAAGGAAAGUGGCGCAUCGCUAUUGGCUCUAAGACUAAAAAGACCGGCAUGGCAUUGGUCUACGAGACCAAGGACUUUGCAAGAUACGAGCUCCUUCAUGACGUGCUCCACGCAGUGCCCCGUACAGGCAUGUGGGAGUGCGUUGACUUUUACCCGAUUUCCACCACCGAGGAAAGAGGACUUGACACGUCGGUCACCGGCCCUAAAGUGAAGCACGUAGUCAAAACUAGCCUCGAUGAUGAUAGAAAUGACUAUUAUGCCAUUGGAACUUAUGAUACCAAGGAUGGAACUUGGUCGCCCGAAAAUCCUAAAUUCGAUGCCGGUAUCGGACUGAGGUACGAUUAUGGAAUUUUCUACGCAUCGAAGACGUUUUACGAUCAAGAUAAAGAGAGGAGAGUUUUGUGGGGUUGGAUCAAAGAAACGGAUAGUGAAGAGGCCGACAUAAAGAAGGGUUGGGCUUCACUUCAGGCCAUUCCAAGGACAGUUGUAUACGACAUGAAAACAGGCACCAACCUCUUGCAAUGGCCGGUGAAGGAGGUCGAGACGCUGCGGGUGGACAAGAAGGUUUUCGACAUGGAGGCCAACGCAGGUGUUGUCGUACCCCUCGACGUGGGCCCCACGUCUCAGCUAGACAUCGUGGCAGAGUUCGAAAUAGACGAGGAGGCCAUGAAGCGAGCAGAUGGCAGCAGCAAUGAGUAUGAAUGCUCCAGGAGCGGCGGUGCAGCCUCGAGAGGCGCAUUAGGACCAUUUGGCUUGUUGGUUCUCGCUAAUCAAGGCCUAACUGAACUCUCUCCUAUUUAUUUCUACAUCUACAAGAAUGAAAAGGGAAACUUCCAGACAUUCUUCUGUGCUGAUCACUCAAGGUCGUCUGAGGCAACUGAUGUGAGCAAAGCAAUCUAUGGAAGCACUGUCCCUGUACUUGAAGGCGAAAAAUUGUCUAUGAGAAUCAUGAUUGAUCAUUCGAUUGUUGAGAGCUUCGCGCAAGGGGGGAGAACGUGCAUCACGUCGCGCGUGUAUCCAACGAAAGCUUUGGGCAACGAUGCGCAGAUUAUGCUGUUUAACAAUGCUACUGAUGUGAAUAUAACUGCUUCGUUGCAGAUAUGGCAGAUGGGAUCUUCUGCGUUCAGAAACACUGCCGUUUUUUGCGUGCAUGCGCUUGUUGUUUUCGUCGUUUCGAUUAUUUUGUAGGUGGUUUUGAGUAUUUUUUUUUGUUAGCUCCUUUGGUGGAGAGAAAAUUUAUGCAAAAAUAUGAACUUGA